CUCAGUCCUUCCAGAGGAGUCGCCGCGCGCACACACACGCACACACGCACAUACACACACACACACAACAUAACAGUGUGGGUGACUACUGGCAAGAUGUCUGCCUCGUCUCUUCAAAUUUUUAAGGAAACCGAAGACAUGCGAGGUGUGCAAGUGUAACAGGGAGGUCCACGAUGUCUUCCAUAGAGAAUUUGUGAACGUGAGGGAGAGACUCGGCCUGGGAGACACGCUGGGGCGUGCUAAUAAGGAGAUUUGCCUGCAAGAAGGGUACACGUGGGUUCCUGCAGGGUUGACAAGUGAACAGAUCUAUGACUACAUGUCCUGUCUACCGGGCCACAAGGUACCACGUCUAGGUACCCCAGGAGAAAAGGCCAGAGAACGCCUUCUUAUGCUACAGCUUCCUAAACAAGACCUGGCCUUGCCGUACACAAGACACGUGGAAGUUCAACAUCACACAUCUUUCAAGGAUUUUAUAACUGCCAGGAACGAUAUAGCAUUGGAUAUUGGCAUUGUGAACCCGUCUCUCGAUCGUGGCCAGGACUGCUCAGGAUGCGGUGAUGUCAUUCCGAGGGGUGCUGUUGGUGUUCUGGCCCCUCGAAUUGGUGAUGCUGAUAUUUGGCACCCCUCUUGCUUCACCUGCACCACCUGUAAUGAGCUGUUAGUUGACCUGGUGUACUGCGUGUGGGAGGGAGCGCUGUACUGCGGCCGCCACUAUGCUGAGAGGUUGAAGCCUCGCUGUGCUGCGUGUGAUGAGAUUAUUUUCAGCGGAGAAUACACCAAGGCUAUGUCAAAAGACUGGCACUCAGGGCACUUCUGUUGCUGGCAGUGUGAUGAGUCCCUUACUGGUCAGCGUUACGUUUUGAAAGACGAUCAUCCGUACUGCAUCAAAUGUUACGAGGCAGUUUUUGCUAACUCUUGUGACGACUGUAACACUGUUAUUGGGAUAGACUCAAAGGACCUGUCGUACAAGGAGAAGCACUGGCACGAGAAGUGUUUCCUUUGCAACAAAUGUCAAGUCUCACUAGUAGAUAAACAAUUUGGUUCUAAGAUGGACAAGAUAUUCUGCGGACCAUGUUAUGAUGCCCAGUUUGCAACUCGCUGCGAUGGAUGUGGUGAGAUCUUCAGAGCUGGGAACAAGAAGAUGGAGUACAAGGCCCGUCAGUGGCAUGAGAAAUGUUUCUGCUGCUGUGUGUGCAAGACCCCCAUUGGAACAAAGAGCUUUAUCCCACGUGACCAAGAAAUUUACUGUGCCGCAUGUUAUGAAGAGAAAUUCGCUACCCGCUGUGUCAAGUGUUCCAAGAUCAUCACAUCAGGGGGCGUGACCUACAAGAACGACCCGUGGCACAGAGAGUGCUUCACCUGCACCAACUGUUCCGCAUCUUUGGCCGGACAACGUUUCACUUCAAGAGACGACAAACCGUACUGUGCCGACUGUUUUGGCGAACUGUUUGCUAAACGAUGCACAGCCUGUUCACGCCCCAUCACUGGUAUUGGAGGAACACGUUUCAUAUCAUUUGAAGACCGCCAUUGGCACAACGACUGCUUCAUUUGCGCAGCCUGUCAAGGGUCUCUCGUCGGCAAAGGCUUCAUUACAGAUGGAGCUGAUAUUCUGUGUCCUGAGUGCGCCAAGCAGAAGUUGAUGUAAAGAGGAAGAGGAAGAGGAAGAAGGAAGAAGAGGAAGAGGAGGAAGAAGAGGAAGAAGACGAGAAGAAUUUUUGGGCGUGUUUGUGGUAGAGAGAGAGAGAGAGGAUGAAAGAUAGUAGUAGUAGUAGUAGUAGUAAUAGUAGUAGUAGUCAUGAAUGAACAAAAUUAUUAUUAUUAUUAUUAUUAUUAUUAUUAUUAUUAUUAUUGUUAUUAUUAUUAUUAUUAUUGUUAUUAUUAUUAUUAUUAUUAUUAUUAUUAUUAUUAUCAUUAUUAUUAUUAUUAUUAUUAUUAUUAUUAUUAUUAU